AUGAAGAUUGCAAGCCAGAACCUUGAGAAAGAAGAUGGGGAGUACAGGGCCAGAACCUCCAGGCUAAUGAAGUGGAAGGAAAUGGUGCGGGAAUCCCAGAAGCACCUUGCUUUGCCAGAGAAUCCACCGGAACGAAUCAUGCCGGGCAACGUCGUCUUGUUCCACACGCCCAGCGCUGCAAGCGAGAUCGAGAUUGGCCUAGUUCUGAGCUGCUGGAGGGGCGUGAAGGCCCCCAAGAUGCAUGCGUCAGAGAUACGGAUCGACAGCUGCAGCGCCUUCCGAGCGGUUGUGCUCAACAAAAUGUCAGACAACGAUCCCAGCAAUGAUUGGUUUUGCGAUUCGAAGAGCACAGCGUGGGUUGUCCGGACAGAGGCACUAAUUUGCAUUCUGGAUGUCGAACGGUGUGUGCAUCCACGUGACCAUGACGGCUUCAUGAAAGUGGUUCUGAAUGAUGAGUCCACGGAGGCGUUGGCAAAAGCUCAUACCCUUCCCCGUUGGGAUGUCUCUGCCACUAUGACACGUGGAGUGAAGGGACCCAAGGGAAUCAUCUCCAAGGCGAAGGCAAAUCCAAAAGGUGCGAAGAGGAAGGCAGAAGGUACUGACUCAUCAGCCAAAGCAGCCAAGGCUUCAAAGAAGCCAACUGCUGCGCAGGUGUUGAAGGAGGUUGCGGAAGCAGAAGCCGGAGCAGAGGCGACUAGCAGCAAAACAGUGCCAGAACAGAGGUUCACUCGCUCCCAAAAGGGCCGGGAAGCCAUCAAGAUGAAGUUCGAGAAGCUGGUCAAGCUCGACUCACUGAUGUUCAAACAGAAUCCCUCAUUCUCGCUGGACGGGCUUUGCCGAAUGAAAUACCCAGUCGCUGAGGGGUUGUCCAUGCAGCAGAUGAGCGAUUCCAUUGCAUCUUGCUUCGAGGGCAUGUGCCUUGGAAUGACUUGGCAUUAG